ACAGUCCAACAUUCAAAACAAUCCCAAGAAAACUCCCCAAUAAACAAGAACAAGAAAAUAUCUUUCUUACUCUCUAAAGUUUAAACAUGAGCAAAAUCUUUGCUGUAUUAUUGGCGGUCGCGCUAGUGGCGCAGCUAGCGGCGGCGCAAAGCUCCGGCGAAACACCUUCAUGCGCAUCAAAGCUAACGGCGUGCGUUAACUACUUAAACUCCACCACUACGCCGUCGCCGAGCUGUUGCAACCCACUUAAAGAAGCGGUUACCAAUGAAAAGCAAUGCUUAUGCAAUAUAUACAAUAAUCCUGCUUUAACUAAAGCUUUUGGUAUUAAUAUUACUCAAGCUAUGAAUCUUCCUAAGCUUUGUCAUAUUGAUACUGGCAAAUCUCCUAAUAUUUGCACAGGUUUAGCAAAUUCCCCACCAUCUUCAACUCCUUCAGGAAGCAGUCCUUCUGGCAAUGCUGCUGGCAGGAUUACAGGAGCUGGAUUAGGUGCCAUCUUACUCAUGUUUGGAGCAUUCUUCAUGUUCUAUUAGAUUGUAUUGCAUGUAUUUUCAAUUUUCACGUAUAUUUUCGUUACCAGUUCAGUUUGCUCCACAUUAAAUCAAAAGUUGAUGAUCAUUGUUUGCCUCGGGUGUUUAUGUACGGAGUAUUUAUUUAUCUCCUGUUAUACUAGUAUUAUGGUAUAUCUUUAUUUUUAGACGA